AUGCCCUCUGCAGAAACUGCAAACGGACCUUCCCCAUCUAAAAUUCGUGAAAUUGAAGAACCAAAAUCUGUUGCUACUGUCCUGAACUACUGUCAGGGCAUAUAUAAAAGUGUUCAAAAACUGGAAAAGAAGUUUGGUAACAUUGAUGAAAAAGUAAAGAAAAUUUAUCGCUUUCGUGCCAGAUCCUACUGGUAUUAUACUCCUUUUACAUCUGUGUCCAGAAAAUACAAUCACCUGAUGUCUAAAAGACGUAAACUCCAGAGACCGAGACGAUUCAUUCCUGAAAAUUCUGUCUCUUGUUCUGAAAGUUACAGUCCAACUUCACCAGUCUGCAUGAGAAGAGAAAAUAGCCAAGAUAUAGAAAACACUGAGACUAAAGAUUACAUUCAAAGUUUCCGGUACGCAGAUUUUACUGACAACACCCAGACUUCUCAAUACUCUGAUACUAUUGACAACACCAAGACUUUCCAGUACACUGAUAAUAUCAACAACACCCAGACUUUCCAGUAUAUUGAUACCAAUAAUACACAGGCCAUCCAAUACAGUGAUACUGAGGACAACACACAGGCCGUCCAGUACAGUGAUAAUGAGGACAACACACAGGCCGUCCAGUACAGUAAUAAUGAGGACAACACACAGGCUGUCCAGUACAGUGAUACUGAGGACAACACACAGGUUGUCCAGUACAGUGAUAAUGAGGACAACACACAGGCUGUCCAGUACACUGAUAAUGAGGACAACACACGGGCCCUCCAGUACACUGAUAUUGAUUAUAACACACGGGCCCUCCAGUACAUUGAUACUGAUUAUAACACACGGGCCUUCCGGUACACUGACACUGAUUAUAACACACGGGCCUUCAGGUACGCUGAUACUGAUUAUAACACACAGGCUGUGCAGUACACUGAUACUGAUUAUAACACACGGGCCUUUCGGUACACUGAUACUGAUUAUAACACACGGGCCUUUCGGUACGCUGAUAUUGAUUAUAACACACGGGCCUUCCAGUACGCUAACACUGAUUAUAACACACGGGCCUUCAGGUACGCUGAUACUGAUUAUAACACACGGGCUGUCCGGUAUGCUGAUACUGAUUAUAACACACGGGCCCUCCGGUACGCUGAUACUGAUUAUAACACACGGGCCUUCCGGUACGCUGAUACUGAUUAUAACACACAGGCUGUGUGGUAUGCUGAUACUGAUUAUAACACACGGGCCCUCCGGUACGCUGAUACUGAUUAUAACACACGGGCCUUCCGGUACGCUGAUACUGAUUAUAACACACAGGCCCUCCGGUAUGCUGAUACUGCUUAUAACACACAGGCCCUCAGGUACGCUGAUACUGCUUAUAACACACAGGCCCUCAGGUACGCUGAUACUGAUUAUAACACACGGGCCCUCCAGUACAGUGAUACUGAUUAUAACACACAGGCCCUCAGGUACGCUGAUACUGAUUAUAACACACGGGCCCUCCAGUACAGUGAUACUGAUUAUAACACACGGGCCCUCCAGUACGCUGAUACUGAUUAUAACACACGGGCCCUCCGGUACGCUGAUACUGAUUAUAACACACGGGCCCUCCGGUACGCUGAUACUGAUUAUAACACACGGGCCCUCCGGUACGCUGAUACUGAUUAUAACACACGGGCCCUCCGGUACGCUGAUACUGAUUAUAACACACGGGCCCUCCGGUACACUGAUACUGAUUAUAACACACGGGCUCUCCGGUACGCUGAUUCUACCUAUGUCACUGCUGGUAUCCAGAAUACUGAGAACAAUGCUGUCUUCCAUUCUGAGGAUUCCCAGGCAGUGUUUUCUGGAUCCUCACUAGAGAGGGACUAUCAAGAAACUCCAUCAAGUCCUAGGUACACUGCUGAAAUCUAUGAGCAGUAUUACAGAUUUAAAAAUGUGCCUAGCACUUCUACAGUGACCUACUGCAGUGACUUUGAAAGUCCCAAUAGGGACACCAUCACUUCUGCCACUUGGAGAGCAAGAGAAGCAAGUACAUCCUCACCAAGGGCAUUUAUUCCCGUAAAGAAUCCUGAAAUGAGGCAGUCCGCCUUACUGGAGGCUCAGUGAAUACCCGUGAUUGAUCCUAGUGCUUUUGGUUCAUCGCCCGAAUGAAACAGUGUUGUUGUGAGAAACCUUGGAAACCCUGUAAGUUGGUCUGCAAAUGAUGUAAUAACAUUUCUGAAACAUUUGGAUCCUCCAUUGGCCCACCAACUCUACCCCACCAUCAAAAAACAUGAUAUCAACGGGAAGGCCCCGAUGCUGAUCAAUACUGAUACAAGGAUAAAAUACACAGAGUUGAUGGUGGGAGUAGUCAUCAAGUUUGUCAGCUAUAUUAAAAAGCUUAAAGAAGUAAACUGUAGCCAGUAAAAAUAAAAAUGUUUGUAGAAUUUAAGUGCUCUCAUAAAGACUUUCUUAAUACACAGUUGAUUUGUUUUGGAGAAGAUUCUCCUAAAAUACGUUCUAACUAAAACUGAAAAAGUAGUUGAAGUCUCUUUCAAGAUACAUUUAACAUAUUAUUAUUAGCAUAUACAGGCUGGAAGUUUAUUCAGUCUUCUUUAGAUUUUUCAUUUUAUAGAUUAUAAAU